ACGGAGAGUUUGUGCAGAUUUUUCUCGGAGUUUCGUCGCUAUAACGUUAAACAACUCGAGCUGUUAUUGGCAAACAAACACCGACGUUAGAAAGUAAAGUUGGACCUAUUAUUUAUGUUAAUAACAGAUUCUGGACUUACGGUUAACCCAACUGGAGCCACAGCUCAUGAGGCAAAAUUCAUAAUAACCGACAUUUUUUUAAAGUAAGACGUUGAAGCGAGAAGUUUCUCAACAUUUGGACAUGGAUUCAAGAAAAGUUGUGCACAGAAGAAAACCUGACAUUCAUGCAUCGGAUAAGAACCAGCGUUCACAGGAGAUCAAUGUUAAAAGUCUUGACCUCAGUAAGGUGAUUCAUCUUCUUGAAGAUCCUUUGACAGCUAACUUGAAGGAGAGGCAUCUUUUUGUGCUGAAGAAACUACUGAAGAGAAGCCAGAUUGGCUUUCUUUUGAAGGAGCUGUCAGGCAUUGGCAAAAUACUCAACAUCUGUGCUGAGAAAGUGACUGAUCACCCUGAAUAUGUGCCCAUUUUGUGUGAGGCACUUCAAAUUUGUAGGCUUCCCUUCCUGAAGGAGAAAGUAUCUGAUGAGCAGAACUACACUCAGGAUGUCAUAGAGUUCCUCUCUAACCUGGGCUGUCUGAUGAGGAUGUCAGAUGCUGAAGUGAGACAGCACAUAGUUCAGUGUGUGAGCUCAUUCUACAGCUGUGUGGCUCCUAAACAGCUGCUUGAGGGGCUCCAGCCAACUUCUCCAGGCUACAGGCUACAGCUGCUGGAGCGCAGUGACCUGGCUCAGACGUUGGUCCUCUCCAUGGCCGCUCUGGAGAACCAGCCCGCCAUCAAGCUGCAGCUGCUGCAGACACUUCAGAUCCUCUCCAGCUCUUCUGAUAUGAACUGUGCAUUAAUACUGAAUGCACGUGGAGCAGAGAUGAUCUGCCUCCACAUGAACGAGCCCGACCCAUCCGGUCAGGUCCUGUUCUACUCCUCCGAAAUCCUCUGGAACCUACUGGAGAAAGGCAGCAAGGAGGCCACUGCUCAGCUCAGCAGCAUCGAGUGUGUCAUAUCUCUAAAAGAAGCAUUUAUUCACCAGCUGAUUAGCGGUUUCCGACAUUCUGACCUCCAACUCAGAAAUGAUCUGCUCGUGAUCACAACUCUCAUCACUGAAAAUCUCAACUCUCUGAUUAAUGAGAGUUUAUUUGCCAAACAGCUCGUAGCUUUGGUCACCUUUCCAGAGCUGAAAAGUCAGAACCCCCUGGUCCGCAACCUCAAGCUUACCUACAAUAACGAAGAUUUUCAAAUGAAGAAGCUGCUGUUGAAUCUGUUGGUUAUAAUGUCAAAGGACUCAGCUGCCCUGCAGCUGUAUAAGGAGGAAAGAGUUAUGCCUGCUCUUCUGACGCUUGUGAGUCCGCCUGCAUCCUCAUCUGAGCGGCGCUCAGCUUCACGUCAGUGGUCCCCCGUCCAGCAGGAGGAGCUCCAGCUGCAGGCGCUAGCCACACUCUCCACCAUCGCUCCGCUCAUGUUGGAUGACUAUAUAACUUGUCAGGGAAACUCCUGUCUGCUGCUACUGCUGGACUGGUGUGUUGCACAAGAUCCUUUCUUUGGUCAGAGUCACAGUUCAGGGGGAAGAGGCAGUAAGAAGGCUCAGAUGCGACAUUGUAUCAGAGUGCUGAGAUCUGUGACGUCUUCAGGUGAAGACUUAGUCAAUGAGGACCUUUGUGAUCAAGGAGUUAUCAACCAGCUCUUGGGGAUUUUGAUGCAGAUGGAAGCAAGUCCUGAUGAGGAGGAUGAAGUCACCCUGGAGAUAAAGUCAGAUAUUCAACUGAUACUUUCAGCGCUGUGUGAGAGUGACAUGCAUAGAAAAGAGCUGUUUGGAUCAGAGGGAGUUGAGAUGGCAGUUCACUUCCUGAGGAAAGGCUGCAACAAUUUCUACAAUGGUCUGGGACACAACAAGCUCAUCCUCUCCACAGUGGACUGUGUGCGGUCUUGUAUUGUGGGCUGCUACACCACAGAAGAUUAUUUUUUGGCUAAAGGUGGGGCGUCUCUUGUGUUGGAUUUACUCAGGUCAAGCCCCAGAUGCAUACACUGCAUUGUCCUUGCCACCCUGCUGGAGUUAUGUGAAAACCCGAACACUCUGUCUCACAUCCUGAGCUGGAGGGACGCUGGCGGUCAGACGGCUCCCAGACUCCUGCUGCAGCUGUGGAGGGACGAGGAGGAGAAGCUGAAAGUCAGCCGAACCAGACACGGAGGGAUCGCAGAUUCCCAGAGGCUGAUCCUCAGCCAUUACCAGCAGGAGGACACUCAGCUAUCAUUUCCUGCAACAACACCGAGUGCAGCAGUGCUGGAGCUUUCAGAAAACCUGCGGUCAAAGAUUUACCUCAUCUUCUGCAAACUUGGAUUUCAAGGCCUUCCUGGAUUGUCAGGAAAAGAUUAUGUGACCUUGAGCAUCAUCAGGAGAUAUCUGGACUUCAAGGUCAGUGAGGUUUGGGAAGAGAUCAGCAGGGAGCUGAGUCUGGAAGGUGUGAGGCCGAUCACCCCUGAUGAGGAGGCCCUGAGUACGAUCCAUAAGGUCUCAGAGGAUAUGGCAAGCAGGGUUGUAGCAGAACAAAACAGCAUUCUGGAGCAGCUGGAGAAGGAUGACAUCGACAAGGAGGAUCUCAUGUACACAGAGAUAAAGUCUCGCUGGAAGCAGCAGGAGCUCACAGCCAAGUCAUGGGACAGUUACAUUUCCAGGACUUCAAAUCAUGAGAUCCUGAAGGAAGUGAAAGCACAGAGGGAGAAAUACACUGAAUCAUCCAGACCCAAACCAAAGCAUGAAGAUGCUGCAGUUCUUCCUAAAAAGCAUUUCAUCGGGCAGGUGAUGUCUGUAGAGAGAACAGGUGCUUCAGGCCCUGCAGGAGUGAAACUAAGGCUGGCCAGAGCUCCCAUCAAGGCUGUAGGUCAGGAGGAAGUGUGAACCACAACACAGGACUCAAACUACUUCAGCACUGUAUCGUUUAAAGACUGAUGUUAAAUACCAGUCUUUCAUUGUUUUUGUACCUUUAUUUAAUCUUAUAGACUUUGAUGUACACUCAAAACAAAAUAAACAUUGCAGCACAGUAAGUAGUAAUCACGAAUCCUGUAUUUCUAAUAGCUUCUAAUUCAUUCCCAGAGUCUGUAGAUACUGACGUGUUUUCAUUUGACUUUGGCAGCAAAGGCAGACAUGAGGUCACUUGAUGUGCACAAUCAGCACCUUGUAGUCUAGUCCAUCUCCAAUCCUGCUUACAAACACACAAAGACACACACACACACACACACACACACAGGGUACAUUGAACUGACAGGCCUUUGUGGCCUAACGUCUUAUUUCAGUAUGUCUGAGUCACAGUG